AUGAAGGCCGCUACCCUCCUCUCUCUUCUGAGCGUUACCGGACUCGUCGCCGCUGCUCCAGCUGGCAACGGCCCAGCUGGUGGAAUCAUCGACCGCGAUCUUCCCGUCCCUGUCCCUGGACUCCCUACCAAGGGUCUCCCUAUUGUUGACGGAUUGACUGGCGGCAAUAAGGGUGGCGAGAAGCCUGGAAGCAAGGUUACUCCUCGUGAAGACCCUACCGGCAGCGCCCCUGAUGGCAAGGGCAAUGAUGGCCCCGACGGUGAUCUUACCGGACGUCCCGGUCAAGGGGGUCUUGACAACCCUUUCGAUCUCCCUACUCCAGAGCUUCCUCCCGUCAAGCUUCCUGGCGGACUUGACGGUGGCAAGGGCGGUCUCGGCCUUCGUCGUCGUGGCAGCCCAGUAGACGGUCUCCCUGUCGUUGGGCCUGUUGUUGGUGGUGUUCUAGGUGGCGGUGGUGCUGGCAGUGGUGCUGGUGCCAAGGGUGGUGCUGGUAGUGGUACCGUUGGGCGUCGUGGCAGCCCAGUAGACGGUCUCCCUGUUGUUGGGCCUGUUGUUGGUGGUGUCCUAGGUGGCGGUGGUGCUGGCAGUGGUGCUGGUGCCAAGGGUGGUGCUGGUAGUGGUACCGUUGGGCGUCGUGGCAGCCCAGUAGACGGUCUCCCUGUUGUUGGGCCUGUUGUUGGUGGUGUCCUAGGUGGCGGUGGUGCUGGCAGUGGUGCUGGUGCCAAGGGUGGUGCUGGUAGUGGUACCCCUAAGCGCCGUGACGGUCCAGUGGACGGUGUUCCUGUCGUUGGAGAGCUUGCUGAAGGUGCUACUGGAGGUCUUCUAGGUGGUGAUGCUGGUUCUGCUGAUGCUGCUGGUGCUGAUGCUGGUGCUGAUGCUGGUGCUGGUGCUGGUGGGCAAUAG